AUGGCAGGGGAUGAUAAGCAGGAGGAUCAGAAUGUUGGUGCGGAGGCUGUCAAUGAUGUGGUGCCUGAGCCUUUCGUGGCCGAUGUUGGGGGCAUAAAUGGCGGUGACAUGCGCACUGUGGAUGCUUUGGAGGAAAAACCCGGAGGGUCUGAUCUUCAGAUAGCUGAAUUACCUGCCGAUCUGAAUGUUACAGAAGAAGAGGAUGCCGGCAUUGGACUUCACAAUGAUGAUUCUGAUGCAAAAGAUAGUACAGCCAAGCAUGAGGCUGUUACGGAUAUCGAAGAUGCCAGUCCUGAAAAUGUUGCCACAAGAGAUGGCACAUCUGAGCUUGUGGAAGUUCGUGAUAAUGUUGCUGACUUGCAUUCUGUUGCUGAUGGUGGUCAUAAUAAGGUAGAUGAGAAAACCGAUGGUGAUCAUGAAGCUUCUGAUGAUCCUGCAUCCAUGCCAAUCUAUAUAUGUGACGAUGUUGUGGAGCUUCUUGGAAAAGAAUUGGAGGACAAUGUGCCUGCUUCCAAAGGCACACACUUUGGUGUGGAUGAUUCAGAUGUGGUGAAGAUCAAUAGCAAUGAUGAAGAUGAAGAGGAGUUCGAUGGAAAGAAUAUCGAGCUUCUUGAUUAUGCAGCUUUAGCUGAACUUUUGAGGGCGGCCAACAGAUCACCUGGACAAGGCAUGGCUAAGGUUUUCCCAGUUGAACCCUCUGAGCACAGGCAUUUUCCUCCCACCAUGGUCAGCAUUCCUAGGACAGACGUGGCAUAUACUCCCGUGCUUGAAGUAGUUGCUGACCAAGAGAAUGAGAUGACUGAUGAGGAGAAGAAGUUGUACCGAAAGUUGGACAUAGCACGAAUCAAGUACAUGCGUCUCAUUCAUAGAAUAGGGUAUGAUGCUGACCAUCAGGUACCUGUACAAGUGUUGUAUCGGCUUAAUCACGUUGAAGGCUUGAGGCGCAUAAGGAUUGCAAACCAUUCCUCCGAGCUCGAGAAUGCCUGGAAGAGGGCUUUGCAGCUUGAGGCAGAGGGAAUAGAGGACUUAGACUUCUCUUGCAAUGUUUUAGUCCUUGGGAAGACUGGGGUGGGGAAGAGUGCAACAAUAAACUCCAUCUUUGGUGAGGAUAAAUCCAAAACAAAUGCUUUUCUACCGGCGACAUCAUCCGUGAAGGAGGUUACUGGAGUUGUUGAUGGUGUUAAGUUUCGUGUUGUCGACACUCCUGGACUUGGGACUUCAGCAAUGGAUGAAAAUUCAAAUAGGAAAGUGCUCAAUUCUGUCAAGAAGUAUAUGAAGAGAUGCCCUCUUGAUGUUAUUCUAUAUGUCGAUCGGAUUGAUGCCCAGCGACAGGAUGCUAAUAGCCUAUCCCUCUUUCGAGGUAUUACCAGUGUGCUAGGCCAGUCAAUAUGGUCCAGAACAAUUAUUACUCUCACUUACUCAGCAGCAGCUCCCCCUGAAGGGCCUAGUGGUUCGGCAAUGAACUAUGAUUUGGUUGUGACUCAUCGGACUCAUGCAAUUUGGCAAAACAUCCGACAGGCAACUAAUGAUCCUCGUAUUGAGAAUGCAGUAGCUCUUGUGGAGAACCAUCAUCUUUGUCGGAGGAAUACAGAAGGUGAAAAGGUGCCUCCUAAUGGCCUUAUUUGGAGGCGUUUGCUCCUCCUCCUGUGGUACUCACAAAAGAUGGUUGCUGAGAUUGAAGGUCUCUCACCCCACCAUGCUGCUCCUGCAAGUCUCUUUGGUCGCUUUUUUCAAGUGCCUCCACUUCCUUAUUUCUUACCAUCUUUGCUGCAAUCUAGAGAGCACACUAGGUGUUCUACUGACCAGAAUCUUGAGAGUGUGGACUCAGAUUUUGAUAUAGAUGAAUUGUUGAAUGAGGAUCAGGAUGAUGAAGAUGACUACGAUCAACUUCCUCCCUUUAAGCUGUUAAGUAAAUCCCAGAAGAAGCAGUUGAAGGAACAGCUCAGAAGAUUUAAGGAAACAAAGAAGAAAGAGGCCAAUAAUCAUGAUGUACCUGCUGAUGAUGAUCAUCCUGAUGAUGAGUAUGACACAGAUAGAUCUCUUAUGCCAGAUUGGGCCUUGCCAUCUUCAUUUGACUCUGAUGAUCCAGUGUACCAUUAUCGGUGCCUUGAGCCUACACCAAAUCUUCUGGUGCGUGCUGUUUCCAACCCUGAUGGAUGGGAUCAUGAUUGUGGAUUCGACGGUGUGAGCCUCCAACACAGCCUUGAUGUGGCCAAUAAGUUUCCAGCUUCUCUGUGGGUUCAAGUUAACAAGGACAAGAGAGAGUUCACCAUUCAUUUGGAUUCCUCGAUGUCAGCUAAGCAUGGGGAUUAUGGCUCAACCCUUGCAGGCUUUGACAUCCAAACAAUGAUGGGCCAGUUUGCGUACACCCUCAGAGGGGAUACCAGUUUCAAGAACUUCAAGAAAAAUAUGACCACUGGCGGUUUAUCCAUGACUUUAUUGGGAAAUAUCAUGGUGACUGGAGCAAAGCUUCAAGACAAGCUUUCAGUGGGUAAUAGGUUAACACUUGUAGCAAACACUGGUGCUGUGUCCAUGAGAGGUGAUACUGCAUAUGGAGUGAAUACGGAGGCGACUCUGCGAGAGAAAAACUAUCCUGUAGGUCAAGGCCUUGUAACUUUGGGUGCAUCCUUAGUAAGUUGGCGUAAAGAAUGGACCAUGGCUGCAAACUUGGGUUCCCAGUUCUCUGUUGGAAGGACGUCAAACAUGGCGUUUCAUGUUGAUGUAAACAACAAACUAACCGGACGGAUGAACAUCAAGGCUAACACUUCAGAGCAGCUGAAGAUCGCCCUAUUGGGUAUCUGUUCGGCGACAAUGUGGACAUGUAAAGGAGGAAAAAAAAUUUCUCAUAGCUUUUCACAGGCUCUUGUUACACACUUUCUGGAAAACAAGCUCAUGGCUACAAAUAUGACCCCAGGGAGCCAAGAACAUGACUCUCCUUAUGGGAUCUUCCGCAGCCGAGCCGCGGCAGUCGGAACCGCGGCUCGGCGGCGCGGUGGUGGUGCGGCCUUCGCUGGCCGGCGCGGCGGCGGUGCCGCAGGACCGCCGCAGUUUGUCACGGAGGGCCUUUUUGACCUCGUGAGCCCAGGAGCCUUCUCCUGCAGGCAGCUGAGGGGGUUUCAUGGCCUCGGCUCAACCAAAAUCCUAACACUGACUCGCAAGAACGACCGAAGAGUGUGUGCAAGGAAAUGGUAG